AUGAGUAUCAUGAGGAAUGCCAGCCGGCCGUCCAUCUCCGGCAUCUCCACACUUUCUCGGCUGUUCUCGUGGGUCACUGACAUGACCACAUGCCCGAAGAAAUACCGGCUGAUAGUGUAUGCAUUUGGACGGAAGGGCACUACCUCGGCGUGGCUGCAACAUUUACGCACCGAGCACCACAACACCCCGCUACCUUUCAAUCACUGCUGCACUAUGCGUUCCACCCUCGGCCCUCUUCUCAACAGUACCGCAAAGGACCUUCUCGGCAAGUUCGCCCGGCAGGAGUUGCGCCCGACGGAGAAUGGAGAAUUACCAUACAUAGCAAUGAUCCAUUAUACGUCGCUGGCGGCCAUGAUGCUCGGCUUCGAGCGGCUGAUGAAGCCCGAUGUGGCCGAGGAACUGGGUCUCGGGGAAGUGAUGGACAAGUACUGCACGAUCAUGCUGCCGGAGGGUAAGACCCAGGAGGAGGUCCUGGUGGACAUGAUCCUCGGCUUCCGAGCGGCGGAUGUCGCUCAACCGCCGCAGCCGGAGACAUCCUCGCUGCACGCCGAGCACUCUGGUGAACCAGAUGCGCUGGAUGACAUCACGACCGAGCAGGCCAAAAUCCAAGAGAUGGUCGCCGAGCAAUUGAAGGCCGCCCAACAGCAACUCCAGCAUCUUGAUGGCCGGCUGCAUGUGGAGAAGCUCCGGGACGAAGUGAGAGCUCACACCGACCGCAUCCACCUCCCUGUGCUCCCAAAAAUACCCGAGCCAGGUGUGAUCUCACCGGAGAACAUGCCCCCAAACGUGCCAGUCCAAGCCCUGAAUUGGUUGGACAGUCUCGGCGAAUCGAUGGCCGGCAUGGAUCUAUACAUCCAGGCAGAGGUGGAUUACUGGCGGGCGGUGGACCGAGUGAAGGCGGCCGAGUUAGCGGUCUUGCAGCCAGGAGAAGCGCCGAGUGCCGCGGCGGGCUCUUCGCCACCCCGUCCUGUCUCAGAGUCGCAUGAUGGAUAG